AUUUCCCCCAUUGAUUCUCUGUUUCUCCCGACCGUCGCAAUAACACUCAACCCCAACCUACGGGCUUCUCUUCAGCGCCGCAUUCCAUCCCUACCAUGUCCUUCUUCUCUGAAAAUCUUUUCCUGCUGUCCACUUUCACCAUACCCUUAGCAUAGCCGACUAGGUCUGUCUGCACCACUGGGGGUGCUUCUCGAUUGCUCCUACUUCUCUCUAUACUCUUCUACACUACGGCUUCUUACUGGCCUAUCCAGUGCAAACUCUCAAGGGCCUCUUCCCGUGUGUCCCGCGUGAAAACUCUUUUGUCCCUCGCAAACUCCCCUCUCGACUCUCUUGCUGGUCGAUUCCCAGCGUGCCACCAUGCCUGACCUGCGUCGUCAAGUGCUGGAGAGCGGCAAAACCAUCUCUCGCAAAGCCGCCUCUCGCGAAGGCUCUCGUCGCACGUCGCGCGCCAACUCGACGCAAAAUUCCCAUCAGUCCUCCCGGAAUCCGAGCAGGUAUGCAUCUGACGAGGAAGACCUAGACAGUCUCAGUGAUGACACCGCCAUGAGCAUUGGCUCGUUGGACGAUCUGACCGAUAACCCGGAUGUGGAUAAUAGCCACGACUGGGUCGAAGAGCUCGGAGAUGUCGUCCAGGAUAUUCUGGACCGGAAGCGCAGCAGCAACCUCAGUCGAGAGGAAGCCUACGCGGCCUUUUGCCGACUGGCCAAAUCUCACUACGUCGAGGAACAGAUUCGCGGUCGUGUCAACGACCUUGUGGCGGCCUUUGGUAGAAGUGUCAAGUUCGAGACCAGCGUGCGCGAGACCACCCUGGCGCUCCGCGCCAUCGAACUUCUGGCAGUUUCCGCAUACGACAACACCAUUUACGAGAAUGUCGAGUCCCUGCUUACUCGCACGAUUCGAGAUUCGACCUCCAACACGGUCAAAGCCGCGGCGAUCCACUGUCUGGGCGUGAGCACUCUUCAUGCAGGCGCUGGACACGACGGCAUCCUAGACCAGAUGACGUUUUUCUUGGACAUCGCUGCCUCCGACGGGCAGUCGAUCGAUGCCGGGGACGAUGCACAGAGCGUCAUUGCAGCCCUGCAAGAGUGGGGCGUGCUGGCAACCCAGAUCGACGACCUCGAAACUGAAAGCGAGGAAGCCGUGGAGAUCUUUAUGGACCAGCUCAACAGCGGCGACUCUGCGCUCCAAAUCGCCGCCGGCGAGAACAUCGCGCUCCUGUACGAAAAGAGCUACACGCCACAGGAGGAUGAUGAAGACGGCGACGAGGAGGAUGAUGAAUCGGAAGAGGAGUCAUUCCUGUCUGGUGGUCGUCGCAACGGCCCCAAGUUGAUCAAGCGAUACAACGCGUAUCACAACACGCACGAACUCGAGCAGCAGCUCCAGUCACUGGCAACGGUCCAUAGCAAGCGGAUCAGCAAGCGCGACAAAAAGAGCCUGCACAGCAACUUCGCCUCCAUCCUGACGACAGUGGAGAACCCGCGUCGGGGACCGAUGUACAACACGGCCAUCGACCAGGACACGAACCGCCACUACGGGAGCAAGCUCACGGUGAAGAUCGGCCAACAGGGUGUGAUGAACAUUGACCGCUGGUGGAAAUGGAUCCGUCUGAGCUCUCUGCGCCGGAUCCUACAGGGCGGGUUCGCCGCCCACUACUACCAGGGCAACCGCGCCGUGCUGGAGAGCCUCCCGGUGAUCAUGCGCAUGGACACGCCGGCAGACCGAGGAACGGCCAAGCGCGCGGCCAAAUAUCGGAACAAUCGUCGGUGGGCAGUGCACGAGCACUCGGACGAGGAUUAGGCCGGUCCAACUUUUCAGAAAAUACAUGUGACACUGGAUACCGUUGUUCCAUACUGGCUUCGAGUUGAUACUCACUGUCGCGUUAGAUUCCUGUUGCCUUGCUAAGCUUUCUGCUUGCUUUGCUUGCUUUUCUUCUUAUCCUCUUUUUUUCUUUUUUUUUCUGUUCCCAGAUUCCAUGAGAGUCCAAUUUAGUUUCUAGACACAGACAGACAGGAAGGGAUACCAUCCUUCCUUCUCACAGCAAUGUGAAUAGAAACCAAUCAAAAGUACAUACCUACCUGCAUGCAUCUAUACCUGUAUUUUUACUUUAGUUCAGUCGUUACAACAUUGCUAUUCAUAGUCCC